GAGUACAUAUGGGACUGCUUGCUGGACGGCCAUGGAGAAUUCCGCGUGGUCACCGUGCAGCGAGAGGGCCAAAGGUUGCGCGGCAUGGAGUACGCCUCCCGCACGGCCGAGUGGCGCAUCCACCCGUGGGUGGACGGCAUCCGCAUGCCUGCACAUGCGCAGAGCAUGUGACCGAUGCUCGCUGCUGCGGCCGGGCUCAUCUUCUGGAGAUAUGACCGGAACUCCUCGCUCCUGCUCGACACCAGCACCAUGGCAUUCUCCAUCGUCCCUCUGCCAGUUACAAUAACGACGCACACGAUGAUGCCGCCGGGAGCAUACGCCAUCGGAGACACCGAGGCCGGUGUGUGUUGCCUUUUGCUUAUGGUCGGCAGGACUACGCUGCAAGUGUGGCUACUCAAGAAGAAGGACGGCGGUGGCGGGCAUGCGUGGGAGUUGGAGAAGCAAAGCCAUAUCGGCUGGCUGGACAGCUUCAACCGGCGGUUCGGCGUUCAUAUGGUGGCUGCUGGGCUGGCAAUUGUUUACUGUAUGAGUUGCAAAUUUUCUCACUUUGUCAUUGAUCUCAAGGACCUGAGCCUCAUGGAUAAGUUCCGUUGUCAUCGAACCAUGGCGUAUACCCUUUCCAAAUGCCAUGGCCACCUGCUGCGUUGGUGCCUACUUCUCCGUGUGAUCGACCCACCACACCCCAAACAUAUGCUUGCGGAGAUGCUCAAAAUCAACACGAAGCACCCUCUUCUAGUAGGAAGCGCAAGAGCAAUGAUGAAGUGGAGCCAUGUAUUCUCGUAGCUUCUUUGAAGAAGGAAUUUGUCGGAUAAGAAAUUUUGCUAUGAGAUUGGACCGCCGACUUGAAUAAAGAAGGCAAUCAACACUUGUGCGUUUAAACCGCCCCUUGUGAGCAAAAUAUUCCCCGGCUAUCCUUGAUAUGUGCAAGUUGGAAAUACGAUAAACUCUGUACUUAGGAAGAGAUUUCUAUUGAGAAGCAUAUAUUCCCUUUGGAGAAACAGAGCCAAAAUUUCAAAAUUAUGACUUUUUACUGAAAAUAUGUAU